AUAGAAGAUGCAAUGCUUAUGUUUGACAAACAAACGAACCGGCAUCGAGGUUUUGGUUUCGUUAUCUUUGAAAGUGAAGACGUGGUAGACAAAAUUUGUGAAAUUCAUUUCCACGAAAUUAACAACAAAAUGGUGGAAUGUAAAAAAGCUCAACCGAAAGAAGUCAUGAUGCCUACUACAAUUGGUCGAGGAAGAGGAUCAGGAAGAGGAGUGUAUGAUCUUAUUUGGCCGCUCGGUGCACUCACAGAUGAUUCUGACGUCCUGUGUACACCCCUGUCUUCAGUAGGGUUCCCAGCCUACAGCUACGGACGCACGAGCUUUCCUGGAUAUCCUGGCUUUGGCCACUUGUUUGCAGUGGAACUAAAUGGCCAGCAGAGCUCGCCGCCGAUGCUAACACAAGCAGUACCAGUCAUCAACAACUAUGUAUCCACAAGUUUUGCCUCACCUACAUCCUCUGCCAAUAAUCAUGGAUUCUCUUCCAACAAUAGUCCAGGACCGAUCGAUUUGUACAGUUCUAACCAGGACAUCAUGGGAUACGUCCAAACAGCUAAUUCCCAGUCGUCAGGGUUCCCCUCAGUCGCAGCAAGUAGAGUAAGUACAAUUGCAGCUAUUUUACGGUAACUUAGA